UGGUGUGUAUACGCAGCAAUUUUAUGGGCCUUGAAAGCCUCCUGCUGUGCGCACUACAUGCGACUUACCAACGGAUUGUCUUUCUAUAAGACCCGCAUCAACGUUGGCUUUAUGAUAGUCGGAGUUACCUGGGUUGGAUUGAUAUUUGCAGUUCUUCUGGACUGCCAGCCAUUGACCAAGAAUUGGCAAAUAUCUCCGAACCCAAGUAAUCUCGCCCAGCCCAUAAUCUCCAACAUCAACAUCUUCGUCGCUCUCAUCACCAAUGUUGCAACAGACUAUUACCUUCUGUCUAAUCCCAUACCAUUACUGUGGCCUGUGAAGAACGUAACUUGGAAGAAGAUGGGUUUCAUCGCUCUCUUCUCCGGAAGUAACUUCACUUGUGUUGCAUGA